AUGGCGGAGGGCUUACCAUCAUCAGGCACAGAACAAGAAACGACACCUCCACCCAAGAAAACCUUGCCCAUGGAAUGUCUUCAGCGUUUACAAAAGUUUGACGAAGCACUUACAUCGCUUGAGAUAGCGCUAGCGCCAAUUCUUGAAGUUGGCUUUGACGAUCAUCUGAAGAGAACGCCUUUAGAACUCGUACAAGUGGACGUUAUGACAAUGUUUGUGUUAAACUCGCUGGGAUGGUGUUUAACA